AUGUUUCACUACGGGGCAGUGUUUGUGGUUGCGGGAAUCGUCGUGAUUGCCCUCCUUCCCAUCACACUGAUUUUCAUCGCAAGCGUCCCCCCUUUGAUACCCAUUUUCUACUUGCUGAGAGUGACCACACACCUGGCGGAAACGAAUCGCAAAGCAGCACUUGAAGCCAACUCAAAAGCUUGCGUCGUUCUCCAUCCUCUGCCGUGGGAAAUUCGUACUAUCCGGAUCAUCACGAUACAGCCGGGUUUCCCCGGAGACUCGAUUAUCUGUGACCUGCAUAUCGGCAAUUUUGAGGCCGAAAAAUACGAGGCCUUGUCAUAUGUGUGGGGUCCUGCCAACUUCACUAGGAAGAUCUUGAUCAGUGGGAAGCCGGUCUAUGUGACUGACCACCUGUACCAUGCAAUGAAACACCUUCGACACCGGGACAGGCCCCGGUCCAUUUGGAUCGACGCCCUCUGUAUCGACCAAAACGACCCAGAUGACAGGGCACGACAAGUCAGCCAGAUGCGCCAAAUUUAUGAGUCGGCCACGAGAGUGGUCAUCUGGUUGGGGAGCAGCCCUUGGUGUCUCGAGGACGCCUUUUCAAGAGCCAAGCAACGUCCGGCCCCUAUCGUUUAUAACUACGGCACGGUCAGGGCUGUAUCGAAAUUACUUCAGAGAGGCUGGUGGCAGCGGGUCUGGGUAGUCCAAGAGUUGGUGGUUGCAAGAGAAGUCAUAGUGCAGUGUGACUCUGUCUCAUUGCCCUGGGAUUCUUUUGUACAACUAGUAGAAACAUGUAUGGGGAUGCCUUGGUUCAGAGACAGAGGCGCAUUCGUCGACGAAUACCAUGCUCUCAAGCACUACCGGGAAACGAGGCUUCAGGACAUUAAUCCGGACUACGGCUUGCUCAGCUUCGUAUACGCCUUCAGGCAGAAGAUGGCUUCGGACCCUCGCGACAAGAUCUAUGCAUUCCUCGGGCUGGUGCGUCCACGGGACUCGAAUGCCUUUACCAUUCCACCGGAUUACAAGCUCAGCCAUACCUCGCUCUGUCACAGUUUUGCAGUCAAUUGCAUACGUGAGACUCGAUCCUUGAACGUCCUGGCCUAUGCUCAAGGGUUGAACCCCGACUUUCCUUCCGUACGUGGUCGUCGCAGUUGGUGUCCAUAUUGGUAUUCCAGCACAGGUGCUCGGCAACCAACGCCUCUGUGGGAUGGCGAUCUCGAUACUCCGGCAACGAGGUCCCGGUGGAUGCAGGCCUUUUCUGCAAGUGGACGCAACUCAGCUGCUAUAUGGAACAUGAGAGAAAAUGAUGCCCUUGGUGCUAAAGGUCUGUUCUUGGAUGCAAUUGUUGCCGUUGGCACAACCUUGGACCCUUCCCUUUUGGAAUACAUCGAUUCGUACUCGAGAACAUCCACAACGAUUAGCCCAACAAAUUCUUUAAGCAGACAUGUACGAUAUAAGAUGGAUCCCAAAAGAGUAUUUGCGCAUUGGAAAGUCAUGGUUACUAGUGCCAGCGGACAACCGGAGGCGGACGUCAUGAGGACAUUCCAUCAGACUCUGACCGCGGGGCUGUACGACCACAUUCCAGACAGCUUCGAAAAGGCCAGCGAGUAUUAUUCUGUCCGUGAUGACAUCUGCAUGCAUCGGACUCUGUUCUUCACCGAGUCCGGAGGCUUCGGCAUUGGACCGUGGAACACGAGACGAGGGGACAGACUGGCUAUCUUACUUGGAUGCGAUGUACCAGUCGUACUAAGGAACAUCAAUGGGACGGACUCACCAGCCGAGCCAGGACUAGACAUAGAGUCCUUGGAGGCUCAGAAUUUGUACCAGACAGACCUCGCCGAUGCAUACAAGUAUGUGGGACAGGCCUACGUUCACGACCGCAUGGUCUACAAUGGGGAUUUAGCCCAAGAUAUUACAAGGACAGGGCGGGCUCUGGAUGACAUUACUCUACUAUAA